AUGAAGGCAGAGCAGGAACCGCUACCGCUCUCGAGGCCGCCGCCGCCGCCGCCGCCGCCGCGACCGUCGCCGCAGCCAACCCGAGCGCUCGGCGGGCCGGCCGUGCGCGCGCGCGAGCGGCGGAAGGGGCGGGAGCGGCGGGGGAUACAACUCGAGGCACGGCCCGGGCGGCGCUCCGAUACGCACGGCGCGCCCUGGGCGACGGCGGCGGCCUGGCAACGACCGCCGCCCUCGACGAGAGCCGGUUUCCUUCGUGACGUGACCGAGGUCUUUAGGUCCAUCGACGUCUCUACAAAUGACCCAAUUUUGAAUUUGUAAGGAGACAUUUAAAGACCCCCAAUCCUGAGGAAUAAAAACAGAGCUGGAGGAAUCAUGCUCCCUGACUUCAGACUAUACUAUAUACUACACUGUAGUAUACUAUACUAUACUAUACUAUACUAUACUAUACUAUACUAUACUAAAAAGCUGCAGUAAUCAAGACAGUAUGGUACUGGCACAAAAACAAAUAUAGAUCAAUGGAACAGGAUAGAAAGCCCAGAGAUAAACCCACACACCUGUGGUGAACUAAUCAAUGACAAAGGAGGCAAGCAUAAACAAUGGAGAAAAGACAGUAUCUUCAAUAAAUGAUGUUGGGAAAACUGGACAGCUGCGAUUAGAACACUCUGUAACACCAUACACAAAAGUAAACUCAAAAUGGAUUAGAGGCCUAAAUGUAAGACUGGACACUAUAAAACUCUUAAGAGGAAAACAUAGGAAGAACACUCUUCGACAUAAAUCACAGCAAGAUCUUUUUCAACCCAGCUCUUACAGUAAUGAAAAUAGAAAUAAAAAUAAACAAACGGGACCUAAUGGAACUUAAAAGCUUUUGCACAGUAAAGGAAACCAUAAACAUGGUGAAAAGACAACCCUCAGAAUGGGAGAAAAUAUUUGCAAAUGAAGCAACGGACAAGGGAUUAAUCUCCAAAAUACACAAACAGCUCAUGCAGCAAUACCAAAAAAACAAACAACCCAAUCAAAAAAUGGGCAGAAAACCUUAAUAGACAUUUCUCCAAAGAAGACAUACAGAUGUCCAAGAGGCACAUGAAAAGAUGCUCAACAUCACUAAUUAUUAGAGAAAUGAAAAUCAAAAUUACAAUGAGGUAUCACCUCAUACCAGUCAGAAUGGCCAUCAUCAAAAAAUCUACAAACAAUAAAUGCUGGAGAGGGUGUGGAGAAAAGGGAACCUCUUGCACUGUUGGUGGGAAUAUAAAUUGAUACAGUCACUGUGGAGAACAGUAAGGAGGUUCCUUAAAAAACUACAAAUAGAAUUAUGAUGUGACCCAACAAUCUCACUACUGAGCAUAUACCCUGAGGAAACUGUAGUUCAAAAAGACACAUGCACCCCAGUGUUCAUUGCAGCACUAUUUACAUUAGCCAGGGCAUGGAACCAACCUAAAUGUCCAUCAGCAGACGAAUGGAUAAAGAAGAUGUGGUACACAUAUACAAUGGAGUAUUACUCAGCCAUAAGAAGUUGUUUUUUUUUAAUUUAAUGUGGUUGCCCUAUUAUACCAACAUAAUGAGUGUGAAAUACAUACAUGCUAUUGAAAAGGUAAAUUGAGAGAAAAAAGGAGAAAAAUAUUUUCUGUUCAUGUGAAUGGACAGGAAAGAAAUAGAAAAGUUUCUGAAACCCAAUAGCAUAGUAAUGCACCUAGCAGAAAAUAAUCCAUAAUCUACUGGUAAAAUUAAAAGCCCCUAUUUAUACAUUAAAACUAGAGGUAGACAGUUACCUGUGGAGAACUAUAAUUUCUUAUAAUUUGAGGACAGCUCUUUUCUGAAAAUGUUUACCAUGCUGUUUUCAUUGCUAGAAUUGCAUCAUUAGCUUUUAUUCCCUUCUACUCUUUCUAUAUAAAAUUACAAGCAUUUUUUUAGAGAAAGAGAACUAAUAGCAUUAAUACCUUAGUAAGUCAGUCAUCCUAUUAAAAGAAGUGAAUUUCCUUUUGCAACCUACUGCUAGCAAUUUUAGCCAAAGUACUUUUAAAAUUUGGCCUAAGCCAGUCAAAAGUGUUGUAACAAUGAAGAAUUAUAGGUGGAGCUGCGUGAAUAUGAAUGCAAGUUACUGAAUAGUGUUAGUCAGCUUAAAAACAAAACAAAACAAAGAUUGGAAAAAGCCAACACUGACUACAGAAACAUAAACUUGUUUUAUAUGUGGUGAAUGUGUACAGAUUUUAUGAAUAUAUGGGUAAGUUUAGAUCCAUUUAAAGAUCAUAAACCAAAACAAAAUAAGGUCUAAUGCAUUCUGCAAAAAUAGAACAAUUGGUGUCAUCAUGAGGUGGAGAUCAGGUAAUAUUAAAGGUCAGAAGAAAAAACACCUCACACUGAAACUGAAGCAGACAACACUGCAAGUCAUUUGGCCCUUGGAUUUGACCACCCAUGCAUGCAGUGUUGUGUACCUAAGUGAUCUGGGAAUGUGUGUAUAACUAGAAUCAAGAAAUGUUUAAAACAGUAUAUUGUCCAUUGUAAUUUGCAUCAAGUCUCUUCCUAGAUUAUGAGUGGUAUUUCUUUCUGCCUAGUACCCUGAGUGUACUAGGAUGCAAUUGCUGGCAAAUCAUACUAUUAUAUCUCCUCCAAUACCCACCCCAUCACCCACUGAAUUCUGUAAGAAACUGGGAAUGCUAAAGUAGCACUAAAUUAUGGAUUUGUGUAAACAACCUACAGUGAAGGAUGAAUAGUAUUUGGGUAUAGUAAUUAUAAUUAGAUUUAUAUCAGGUUGGAAGAGAAAUUAGUUUGGGAGCCUAUUCUUAACCUUUGAAGGUGAUGUCAAGUAAAACAAAUAUUCC